GCCGCUUCCAAGUGGGUCGUCACCCACCUUCCUUGCAAGGGCUCGCAAACCCCCCAAAACACAAAGUCUUUUUUUGCCAAUUGGCGCCGAACUUUUUCCCACUUUGACAAUCGACAAUCGACACCAAACGCCCAGCCAGCCGUACCGCAGUACUAACCGCCAAAAUGUCGUCCGAGAAGGCCCAGAACCCCAUGCGCGAGCUUCACAUCCAGAAGCUCGUCCUCAACAUCUCCGUCGGCGAGUCUGGUGACAGACUGACCCGUGCCGCCAAGGUUUUGGAGCAGCUGUCCGGUCAAACCCCCGUCUACAGCAAGGCCCGCUACACCGUCCGUACCUUCGGUAUCCGCCGUAACGAAAAGAUUGCUGUCCACGUCACCGUCCGUGGCCCCAAGGCUGAGGAGAUUCUCGAGCGUGGCCUCAAGGUCAAGGAGUACGAGCUCCGCAAGCGCAACUUCUCCGAGACCGGCAACUUCGGAUUCGGUAUCUCUGAGCACAUUGAUCUCGGUAUCAAGUACGACCCCUCCAUCGGUAUCUACGGCAUGGACUUCUACGUCUGCAUGACCCGCAAGGGCGAGCGCGUCGGCACCCGCCGCCGCUGCAAGGGCCGCAUCGGCUCUGGCCACCGCAUCAAGCGUGACGAGACCGUCAAGUGGUUCAAGUCUCGCUUCGAUGGCAUUGUCCGAUAAAUGCUUUCAUUUCCUGCGACGAACGAAAAAAGACACUGGGACGGCUUGGGUUAACGGUUGGCGAAAAAUGGGAAACUGGCUUACAAGGCAUGUACUUUCCAGCAGUUGUUCAUACAACAUGCUUGACUUGAGCAAAAAUUCAGUCAAGCCGCGGCCUCAGAGACCGACCGGCGUCAUGCCGGCUUACAACACAAGUUCCUUCUUACCGUGAUGCUGCUCAUGAUUCUGUUUGGUGACGAUGGCCCUCGAUAUGGGAGCGGCCUAGGCGUUGGUGGUUUAGCUAGUCUAUUUUAGUCCAAAUAAGC